AUGAAUCAAUACCAAAAAAUAAUUAAAAUAUUACAAAAGAAUUAUAACAAAUUAUCUUAUUACAAAAAGAUAGUAACAAGUUUAGAACUAACAUUAGAACUUGAAGAAAUUGAACAACAUCAAUCUUACCAAGAAAUACUUCAAAUAUUAAUUGAAGAAGAAUCAACUUCACAAGAAAUUAGCAAAGAAAAUCACACUCAAAAAGCAGAAAUAUACAAAGAAUCUGCAAAAGAAAUUAAUAAAUCAAUUGCAAAUAUUCAGUAA